AUGAAUUCAUCUAAUCCCUUUGUCAAACAAGGAAGAUUUUUGCCAGAUAAUGUUCGUGGGGAAAUAGUAGAUUGUUGGCUUAGCGGCAAUAGUCAUGGAAGCAUAGGAAGAGAAAUGAAUAUACCUAGAAGUACCGUCACAAAUGUAAUAAAGAAAUUCUUAGAGCGAGGCGACCAAAAUCACCUAAGCGGUGGGUGUAAAACGAGAACGGCAAGAACCGAUGAUGUUGUAAUGUACGUGGAAUACAGCAAGCGUCAACAACCUAGCAUUUCCGCGAAAGAGAUUAAGGAAAGACUAGUACAAAAUAAUGUCUGUCUUCCAGAAAAUGUACCGUUUGAUUCAUCGAUAACUCGAGCUGUUCGCAACGAUCUUGGUUACUCGUACAAAAGACUGAACGUUGUCGCACGAGAAAGCUUAGCGGAAAAUAACGAGGAAAGAUUGAUGGACUACCUAACGGUUUUUUUAACUAUCGACCCAACAACAAUGCAUUUUUUCCACGAAUGCUCGGUCAUUAAGACAACGGGAAACAGACAUUACGGCCUUUCAGCCGUUGGAUCGCCUGCGAUUGAAGUGCAGCGCUACGCUUCCAACGCAAAUUAUACUGUGAAUUUGCUGCAUGGUAUUUUUGGCAUUGAACAUGCGAAUAUUUUGACGGGACCUUCGAAUGGUUUAGAAGUCAUAAAUUUUUUUCAAGAGGCUGUAGAAGUUGAGGAUAUGUUUGGCAACCCCAUGCUCAAACAAGGUGAUACAGUUAUCAUGGACAAUUGUGGUUUCCAUCACGGACGACAUACUGAGCCACUUCUACAAUAUAUGCUUACAGAAGUUGGCUGUAAUUUGGUAUUCCAACCACCGUACCACCCAGUGUACAAUACAUGUGAAUAUUGUUUCAGAGUACUUAAGGGGUGGCUACGAAAGAACACAAAAUUAGCCAAACCGUUAUACCUGUGUCGGGUAUAA